UAGUCGUAACGUCUGGCUCCACAGCGCCUCCACUCAGCUUCCAAACAAGAUGGCGGUUAUAUUUUUAGUUUCUGCAGGUGAAGUCCCACCCACUGAUCUGUAAUAGGUCUGUAGCGUGAGUGAAAGAAAAAUGAGGAAGUAGUGUUUGUAGUCUCACCCCUUCUACAGAGAUAUGAGACUUCCUGCUUCCAAUGACGCAAAAUGAUGAUUUUUACAUCAUUGGAAGCAGGAAGUGACACACUAACAUCCUUAUUUCUCCCCUCUCAGGGAAAGUGAGGGAAUGAUGCACGACCAUUCAAAAAUAUGACUGGGGUUCUAAUGAUACAAAGCUUAAUGCAAAUGGGUGAAGUGUCCCUUUAAGACUAGUAAGGCAGAUAGGUGCCUUUAAUAUAGCACUGAUUCCAACAACAACAGAGUUGUCUCAUACUCACUCUGUCUCUGGUUAGAGCUAAUACUGAUUUCAGUCAUUGAUUGUUUUGUUUUCCUAGCUUAAAUGUCAUUAAUGGAGAGAAUCAAGAAAUGGUGAAUAAAAAAGUAUUUCUGUUCAGGAGUUGAUAGACGAUGGUAAAUGGACUGCACUUUUAUAGCACCUUUACACAUUGUCACAUUGACCCAUUCAUACACCGAUGGCAGAGGCUGUAAGGUCCCAACUGCUCAACAGAAACUAAUCUCAUUCAAACUAAUUCAUAAAGCAGCACAGCCGGCCCUACGCUACAACAAUGACUGUGUAAGUUUUAUGUACAAACUGUACAAUAAACAUUGAAGGCCUGUCAGAUUGUGCAUGGUGUAUGUGUGAUGUAUGUGUGGUGAAUCAUAUCAUCAGCUGGCUCUUAUGUUUUGAACAUGCAGAAAAACAAUCAACACGUUUUGGCCAUAGUGCUGGUGUGUGUGUGGGUUUUAUUCUUCCCAAACUUAGGAAAUGCUGCACCAGCCAGUGUAUUCAACGUCCUUUGAUUUCAUAAUCUCUGGUUGGUCUCCAAAGAUGUAAAUCUGUCAGUGAGAUCUACAACCACUGUUCCAUGUUGACAACUAAAGGUUUUACCACAUUUCUCUCACAAUGGUCAAUUUUCAUCUGUUUUCCUGCGACUGUCCAACUAAUAAAAACUGGCUCAACUAAGACCCUUCUCACUGACCAACAGUUUAGGCGACCAUUAAGUGGGCCAGCCCUAAUGGAGGUAAAUAGUAUUCCUUUAAUAUAAGUAAUUCAUUAGGCACAAUAUGAAUGAAAAUGAAAAACUAAUUCAAAAUCAAGUCUUCAGCCUAAACUGUUACUGUACAUGUGACUGUCCUUCUCUGGAUAUUCUGACGUCAGGGGCCCGGAGGAAAAAGACAGAUGGAUAUCAGAGCUUUAUAAAAGCAAACACUUCUCAUCAAGCUCAUUCAGAUGAGGAGGAGGGGGAAGAAAGAGCAUCACACUGAUAUGCUGCUUUUGUUUCCUGAACUGUGAGAAUUAGAGCAGGUUGGGAACAGGUGAAAGAAAAUAGUCUGCGUUAUUUGAGAGGAUUGCUGUCUAAUGUAUGUGCCUUUUUUAAAGUGUCAUUAUGAACAGCUCUGUGUCCACAGUCCCCAUCACCUUUACGAUCUACAGCACUCUUGGUCUGUAUAACUUUGCUCUUGUCAUUUGCAUCUCUGUCCUUUACGUUUCAGGUUUGUGUAUUAACCUUUUCCUCGUUCUGGUUAUUUGUGUUGAGUCUCGCCUUCACAGACCGAUGUACGUUCUGUUGGUCAAUCUGUCUCUCAGCGGAGUGAUGGGAAGUUCAUCUGUGUGUCCGAACAUUAUCAAACACCUCAUAAUGAACAGGCAGGAGACUUCUCUUGAAGGAUGUUUAACACAAGUGUUUUUCACCAAUGUGUACAGUGGCUGUAUAUUUUGUAUCUUAGCGUUGAUGGCCUACGAUCGGUACGUUUCCAUCUGUAAACCUCUGCUGUACCACACUAUCAUGACGCCGGCUAAAGUAAAACUGAUGCUGAUGAUGGUUUAUUUCAUCCUGAGCUCUUCGUCAGCCAUCCAGGUUUAUCUGACGUCCAGACUCAAACUGUGCAGACACACAGUAGAUAAACUUAUGUGUGACAGUUUGGUCAUUGCAAACCUCUCCUGUAAAAAGACAACUCUGAUCAGUGUGUACGGUCUGUGCUGCGCCAUCUGUGUGAUUGUUUUCCCCUGUUUACUAGUCAUUCUGUCAUAUGUUCACAUUUUUACAGUGAUCCUAAAAACCUCAAAGGAGUCUCAGAGUAAAGCAUUGCAGACGUGCAGCCCUCACUUAAUGACUUUCAUUAAUUUCUCUGUGGCGUCCUUCUUUGGUGUCAUUUACAAUCGUUUGAGUCAAGAAGUUCCAAAAGCUGUGAAUAUUCUAACAUGUAUGAAUUUUUUUGUGCUCCCUCCUCUGCUGCAUCCCAUAAUUUAUGGUAUUAAAAUGCAAGAGAUUCAGCAAAGUAUAAACAAAGUUAUUAAACAUAGAAUUCUACAACUGUGAGUUUAGAUGCAGAUUUUUAUAAAAAGAGCACAUAGCAGCGUGUUGAUCUGUGGGUUGUGUCUUUGUUUCAAUGUUACUUUCUCUGAACUGACAAUAAAAUACACUAACUGAUGA